AUGCAGCGUACGAGUUCGAGCGCGUCGGAGAGUUCCUUUUGGACUACGAUAGAACUGCUAGCGGACCGUGGCCGGAGACGGUCAGCCGGAGACUUUGAUGACAGCAUUACACCGAUCGAGAUACCACCGAGGAACGCGUCCGCCCUGAGCUUUGCCCACCCUCAUGUACGUGCCCGACUUGAGAAGCAUAUGGGCUCCAAUCUCGUUCGGCUCACAGACAAGACUUAUAUGACCGACUUAGAGGAAAGGAUCCGCUCAGUGAAUGAAGAAAACCUCAACAAAAGGAUAUCCAUGAGAGUUCUCGAUGAGAUGGAAAGACUGAAACGACUUAUACUUGUCGGCAAAACGCCUCUUAAGGAAUGUCCUCCCGAGUUGCUUCAUCAUCCCGUUUUCGUUUUCUGGCGAAUGGUUAACAAAGAAGUUGCUAGAGCAUCAAAGCAAAGAGCGGAAGCUUACUACAGAAAACUAAAAGCGUCACAAAAACUUGUUCAGACAAUGGAAGAAGAGGCUGAACACGAGGAAAUUGACGAAGAAUCUGAGCAACUAACACCUCAACAAUUACUUGAUAAAUGUCGUGAAGAGUUGGAAGAACGCAAAAUAUCAGACAUCGGGAGAGGCGUUCGUUUCACUGAGGAACAAUUUGCUCAACUCAAAUACGAGACCAAUGAUAUUAAGACACUAAAAAAUCUUACGACCGUGGAAGAGCUGUAUGCACUGGCUGAUAAAAUUAUUGGUACAAAACGUCUGUGA